UCAGAGAGCUAUAAUUGGACGGCUGACACAAAGCUGGGCAGAAAUAAGUACCGGACCGAACUCAACAGGCAAAAAAUCACAAUUAUCUGAUGUUCAAAAUGGCACAGUCAUUGGGUUUCUGCACUAAUAGCCCAUCCAAGCUGGCCCAGCAGAUUAGCAUCACAAACAGUUGCCACGUGCAUGGUGGGCCCCUUCCCUAGACUCCAGACCUCCUAUAAGGUACCUGUGUUAUAUGAGAGAGAGAGAGAGAGAGAGAGAGAGAGAGAGAGAGAAUGGAAGAGAAGGAAGCAGAUGAUCAUGAAAGAGGAGACAGAAUGCAAGAGAAGGAAGAAGAAAGCCAUGAAAGAGAAGGAAAUGUGUGGUCGGCAACAGCCCACGUCGUCACUGCAGUAAUCGGGUCAGGGGUGCUGGCACUGGCAUGGAGCGUUGCUCAGUUGGGUUGGGUGGUGGGGCCCACUGUUCUGAUGGGCUUUGCAUGGGUCACCUAUUACACUUCUACUCUCUUGGCUGAUUGCUACAGGUGCCCUCAUCCAAUCACGGGCACAAGAAAUCGCACCUACAUGGAUGCCGUUAGAUCAUACCUAGGGCCCACAGAAGUCCUCAUGUGUGGGAUCGCACAGUAUGCAAAUCUUUGGGGAGCGAUGCUGGGCUACACCAUAACUGCUGCCGCUAGUAUGAUGGCAGUGAAGCGAUCGAACUGCUUCCAUAGAAACGGGCACAGUGCGAAAUGCAAUGCUUCUGGAAAUCUAUUCAUGAUGGUAUUUGGGGCAUCAGAGAUCUUCCUAUCUCAGCUCCCAAGCUUAGAGAAGAUAACAUGGCUCUCUGUGGCAGCAGCCGUGAUGUCAUUCGCAUACUCUUUCAUUGGACUUUGCCUUUCUGUAGUAAAAUUGGCUUCUCAUGGUGAAUUUAAAGGGAGUUUAGCAGGUGCUGGAACUGGUAUUAAUGGAGUAACUGCAUCUACAAAAACAUGGCAUGUUCUACAAGCUCUUGGAAACAUCGCUUUCGCUUACACUUUCGCAGAGGUCUUAAUUGAAAUCCAGGACACCUUGAAAUCGCCUCCUCCUGAAAACAAAACAAUGAAGAAGGCGUCUAUGUGUGGAAUUGGGCUUACAACGGCAUUCUAUCUAUCGCUCGGUUGCAUAGGCUACGCGGCUUUCGGAGACAAUGCUCCUGGCAACAUCCUUACUGGUUUUGGAUUCUAUGAACCCUUUUGGCUCGUGGACAUUGCAAACUUAUGCAUCGUUCUCCAUCUAUUAGGUGCUUAUCAGGUUUACGCGCAGCCCAUUUUCGCCUCUGCUGAGAAAUGCAUUGCCUCAAAGUGGCCUCAAGCUGAGUUCAUCCACACCAUCUACACAUUUCGGCUCCCAUUUGCCAAAGCAACUUCCUUGAGCUUAACACUAUCUACGCUUAUAUUAAGAUCAAUCUUCAUUGCUUUCGCGACAUUGGUGGCGAUGUUGUUCCCCUUCUUUAAUGCCAUCUUGGGCCUUCUUGGCGCACUGUCGUUUUGGCCGUUGACGGUGUAUUUCCCAGUGAGCAUGUACAUGGUUCAAGCAAAGAUUACAAGGGGAAUGCCCAAAUGGGUUUUGUUGCAGGGCUUGAGUUUUAUUUGUUUAGCUGUUUCUCUUCUAGCCAGCAUUGGAUCUGUGACAGAUAUUGUAGAAAGUCUCAAACAUGCCACACCUUUCCAGACACAUUACUAAGGGUGAGCAUUAGAUUGGUAUUUUCAUUACUAAUCAUAUGAUCAUUGAUUUCUGUUA